UUGCAUAGCGCUUGAUUCAUUUCUCUGCGCGCCAGUACAAGGUUACGUUUGCAAUUUGAGGAGAGAUUAAUCUAUCAGAAUGUUAAAUGAUACAGUGAAUUUAUUUAUUGAAACUGGUACCGACUGUAAUGCUACAGGAUCAGCCACUUGGGAUUGUGCUGGACAUCAGGUCACUUUUUCAAUAUAUGGUCCAGAAGAAUCUAAAAUCACCGAUGAAUUAACACAUCGUGCUACUGUUGAUGUUACAGUGACGCCUAGAGCUGGUCUCCGCACUUCAAAAGAAGCUGAACUUGAAGUUUAUUUCAACAGUCUAAUUGAACGUUUGAUUGAUGUGAAAGAUUUUCCACGGUGUAAAUUUAUAGGACGUUUGUAUAUUGUUUCUGGUCAAACAAAUGAUUGCAGAACAGUAGCAGCCGCUAUAAAUGCUAUUUCACUUUCUCUCCUUGUUUCACAUUUACCGUUAAGAGCAACAAUAGCAGCAAUAUGUCAUACAAUUCAGAAUACAAUGAUCACAUUUGCAAUUGACGUUACUCAUCCAAAAUUACUUAUGAGAAAACAAAAAACUGCCUACUCAAAUGUACCUGGUAUCUUUUCAAUAUAUACUGGUCAACAACAACAAUGUCAGAUUGGUAGUGGAGUAGAUGAGGCUGACAGUAAUGAUGAACAUCCCCUGGCUGGUAUACCAGUUGAGAAAUUACUACAAGUUAUACAAAUGCCAAAAUCACUGCAUAAUAAUUCUGAUGAGUCUUCAGAGAAUGAUGGUGAUGGAAAUAUUUAUGAACAAGCGUUGAAUCUACUUGAUGCAAUGGUUUCACAAAUCAACUCUAGUUCACAUAUAUAAUAAAAAUUCUUAAUAUAUGUAGAUAUACAUAUUUUUGUUAUUGAGUGACGUGUUCUUUUUCCAUAAGGUUUCUGACUAUUGCGUUACAAAUUUGAGAGCCAGUUAAAAUAGCAUGUUCUUAACUUUGUAGAUUACUUUGAAGGAGGAGGCGUUUGUUGAGAUGGAAUGACC